UAUCUAAUUUUCUAGAACGUGAAUCAAAUAUCAAACUUAUCAAACUGCGAAAUACAUACCAUCAUACCCACAUAAAUUUAUUAACACUUUCAAUCGUAACACUAGAUUAUUACCUGUACUACCCAUUUUUUGUCAAUUACCAUCAGUAAUUUUUAUUAGACUACCCUCUUCAUAAUUGCGUUAUAUUAAAACCGGUUGCAUCAUGCUUUCUCGAUUGUGCGUCGCUCGGUCAGCUUUAAAUGUUACACAAACAUUUAAAACUCCAGUACCUCAAAGAUUUGUGCCUAAGAACUAUAUUGUGAGGAAUUAUGCACGCGAGCCACGGUCCAGAGUAGCUACACGAACGGAGCCCUCUGUCUGGCAAAAAUUAAUGGCCCCAGCAGGACCUAAUGCCUUCAGCUUGGGUAAAGGAGCAUUAGCAGGUGCAUCAGCUGUUGGACUUGUGGCUCUAUGUUAUUAUGGUUCUGGAGUCAAACCUGGGACAUUGCAAGAAGCACAUUUGUGGCCACAAUAUGUUAAGGAUCGCAUCAAGGCUACAUAUGGAUAUAUAGCUGGAUCUCUUGUUUUGACAGCUGGAAGUGCAAUCACUGUUUUCAGAACACCUGCUUUGCUUAAUUUGGUUGCUCGUAAUGGAUGGAUGUCAAUUAUUGUGACAAUGGCAUUAAUGAUUGGCUCAGGCAUGGUAGUCCGAAGUAUGGAAUACAAACCAGGGGUUGGAGCCAAACAGCUAGCUUGGAUGGUACAUACUGGUAUUAUGGGUGCCGUUAUUGCUCCCAUGUGCUUCCUCGGUGGACCUAUACUCAUGCGUGCUGCUUGGUACACAGCGGGUGUAGUUGGAGGCCUUAGUACAAUUGCAGUGUGUGCUCCAUCUGGGGAGUUCCUCAACAUGCGUGCUCCGCUGGCAAUGGGCUUGGGUGCUGUCUUUGCCGCUUCACUUGCUGGCAUGUUCUUACCACCCACUUCUGCACUUGGCGCUGGAUUAUACUCACUGAGCUUGUAUGGUGGUUUAAUUGUGUUCGGUGGUUUCCUGCUGUAUGAUACACAAGCAAUUAUUAAACGAGCAGAGAUGCAUCCAAUGUAUGGAUUACAGCCUUAUGACCCAAUCAAUUCGGCUAUCUCGGUUUACUUGGAUGUACUCAAUAUUUUCAUGCGGAUUGCUAUGAUCCUCGCAGGCGGUGGCGGCAACAAACGGAAAUAGACAUCGAUAAAUCAUUUUCUUUAACAUAAUUUAUUAUAAUUAGUCAGAAAUUUUACAUAUUACAGUUAAUAAUAGCUUAGAAAAUUAGUUGUGCUUUCGAGGGCUGAAAUCUAAAGUUAAUGUGAUAUUGUAAAUGUAAGGAAAUAAGGUAUUGUUAAGGAUGCUUAUUUUAUUCUAAUGUUGAGAUAAUAAAUUGACAAGUAUUCAUUCGA